CGUUUAUCAACGUUUAAGCUUUAUUCUAGGAAAAUAUAAUCAUUACGUUUUGUAUUGAUGGUUCUGCCACAACCUGGACAGUACCAAUAGCUCAGUACUCCGAUUGAAGCUGCAAAUAGUAGAUUAGGAAUUGCGAUCGAAAGCACCAAAUGCCUUAGAGUAUCGUCCCACGAAUAUCGAGCGACUACCAUUUCCGGAUAAACGCGGCUAUAAUAACAAGGAAAAGGUGUUCCGGCACUGUCGAACCCAUACUGCCUAGCAAACUCUGAACAGUUUACCGAAGGAGGAUAACCGCACCCUUCGGUGUUGAUGAGAAAUCGGGUGUCUCCUACGUCCCAGUGGAUAUUUUCGGACAUUUUGAACAACCGGUAGGGAAUUUUGGUAUAAUUGACGUAGAUUUGGUGACAGCGCGUUGCCUCUUUGGUGCAACCCUCGCGACACGAUGCCCACGAGCAAUUCGAUAUGCCUUCGGCGUAAACGUGGUUGGUCGCUAUGCAAGUGACCGGUUCGGGCUCGUAGUCCGCCAUUAGACUGGAGAAACCCGGCUCAACUACGAAUGGUAUAAGGAAAAGGAAUGCGAAUACUGAUAUAAAAGCAGUUACUCCAAGACAUAACGAUGUGUAGAAUUUCGCGGUUUCUGCAAUUGAAAUGAGUGUAAGCUGUUUAUUUUCUAAUAUUACACUCAUUAUGUAGGAAUUCUUAAGAAAAAUUUGUGUGCUAAGAAAUCGAAAAACAACGCUUUCCCCUGCGCGAUGGAUUCGGCAGCUUCUUGGAUCUUCAGUCUCGGUCCAGCAGGAGGGGAACGCCUACAAAAUACAACAUUUUUAACACUUUACCAACAAUUCAAACAAUAAACUUACGUGAUUGAUCUCAGAGUGCCAUAAUCGAAUUUCCUCCGCCGCGAUCCGUCAUGUUGUUGGUGGACGCUGACUUUUCAAUGGCUUCGCAUUCGUCGUCUUCCUUCUUCACGCAGCUCUGAAAUCGCAUUUUAGCAUCAUCGCCAACAACAACAGUUUUUUGACAAAGAAUAAGAGUGCUACAUGAAAUGAAAAACAAUACUGUAGGCACGACUGAGGCGAACAAGAACUGCUUGGUGGUGGUGGCUAGAUCGAAUCGAGCGACUACAACUCCUGGAUCUUCGGCCGAGAAGAAGCAAGGGAAACGCGCCCGCGCGUUGUGGUCAGUACCAUCUUUUCCGUAGUACUUGAGAAAAUCCUUGCACUCGUCUCUGAGCGUAUUGACGCAGCCCUCCAGGUUAAUAAGGAGCUUGCUUUCGUUCGCUAUAAGCAAGUCUGGUUCUGGAGGCGCAACGAGUCUUCGGUCGUCGAGCGGUGUGGUUUCGAACACGCUUAGGUAGCUUAAGUAUGUAAAGUUGGUCAAGUCGCUGAGUAUAUUGUUAGGCAACAGUGAACCGUUUAUGCAGUCCGUUGCUUCGAGACCUCGUGUGGUGUUUAGGAUUGUAUAGCAUGAAGUCAUUAGAAUGUUAUCCUGGGUUUCGUUCCAUAUUUCUUCACCCGUGUCUGCAUCCAAACAUCGCUGACAUUGCGACAAAUAAACUUCGUCCCCGCUCAGCACUAUAACGUUUUUAUUCCUGGUUGGGAUGUCUCCGCAUUGCCUGUCACAAUUGUACGGUGUCCUGAUUCGUUCGCAUGUGCCCCUAUUACAAUUAUAAAGCCCGUCAAGAUCAAUGCAAGUGAUUUUGCCACGUCUACCUGAACAUUUCAAAGGUGGAUCGGUUUCUUUGUAGAUACAUUCAAAGGAAUCGGUUAUGUCAAUGCACAUGCCCAUCGAACAGUUAAAUGUACCUGUCAAAUUCUUGCAUUCGUCCGCAAUGCACCUAUUUUUUUUCGCAUUCUCUUGGUCUUUGCCGUAGCAGAAUUUUUGCGCUAUAUUCGUACAAUUAGCCAUGAGAAGGUUUGAGCCGUUCUGCCUUAAAUUUACAAAAAUUUGCAUACAUGAACCGGAAGUUUUGCUAAGACACCAUUCGCCGCAGGAGCCCCAAUCACAGGUUUCGACUAGGACGGCUCGCGUAGUCGUGCACAUAACUGGAUUUUCCGUGAUGCCUGAUUUCAUGGCGCGAGUGGACGGCACGUAAAUUGCUACAGUCAGAUACACUAUUGCUACACUACUCAAAACCAAAGUCAUUUGACAUAAACAUAUCGUGCCACAGAUUUUUGUGUCUUGUGGCGGUAUGAUAAGGUCCUCGACCGGCGUUGGCUUCUUCUUGGGCAUGAUGCAGGAAUUUGUUUAGUAAAAAAUAGUGCUGUCGUAGGUAGGUCGCAGCAGGACUGCCAUGCGAUGCGAUGGAACCUGGUUCUGGAUACUGAUGGCAACUGGCAAGUGGCUGGAACGGUGGCGCGCGGCGCAAAGCGGCCCUUGAUCAAUAGCCCACUGCAGAGUCGUCGUCGCUCUAAUCGAUACAACGCGCACCACCUGUCCGCGAACUGUUUAUCAACUACCCUAUUAUUAUAUUUAUAGUUAAAAUCUAUCAGAUCGGUCAAUCGGCAAUUCUGUACGUCCACCUUAUGGGCUAAUACAAAGGAAAAAGCUUAAGGGACAAGAGACAAAUUGGGUGGAAAGCAGAAAGUUUCAAUGUAGCUGUUACUUACAGAAUUAUUAUUGUCUGGUCUGCGAGUUUGCAGUGCGUGGCGGCGGCAACUGUAUACUGCCGCUUAGGCUUGCAGCAAGUGGCUCCUCAUAUGGACAGCGGCGGAGGCGGUGUGUUAGUGCUCUUCAAGUCAUCUGACGGGGACCGAAUACCGGCGCCAAGAUCGAUACAGUAAACACGAACUGGCGAACUGCAGUGCUUUAAACAGCAUGCCCACGGACGGCACACGUCGUGUGUUCCUAUGCGGUUGGUAGACGUCGUAAAGUGCGCUGCUAUCUCCGAAUACGAAUACUUAGUUAUUUAAGCAAUCUCCUUAAAAGCUCUCAUGUGAUACUAACUAAACUAAAAUUAAGUGUAACACUUCGUUCCCGCUGAUUUUGCGAAUUCAAAAAUUUAUCCGCAUUGUUAUGUAAGCUGCUUGACUAGACUGCUAGAUAGAUAAUUGUCGACAAGUCACAAGGCACAUGCUAUCCUCGUAGGUAGAAGAAUGCAUGGAACUAGCAAGGAGGAGCGGGGUUCGUCUCCACCACCAGCAAGUCAAAGUGUUAAAGGCCUGAACAAAAGCGGACAGGAUCAGGAGGGUGGAGGUUGGAGAUUAUUCGUAUUAUUCGUCUGUGAAGUCAGUGGACGUUGUGACGGUGUGAGCUGGCCGAGCCGCUCGCGCUAGUUGGUGGAUUCAGAUGGUGGGGUCCAGGACCAAGAUCCUUUCUGACCUCACGCUACGACCAUGGAAGAACCGGAAGUCCUACAGCAAACCUGGCAGCAGAAGUUACUCUUCUACACUACAGCUUUCUUUGUAUUGCUCGGUAUUUUCAGCCUUUUUUCAUUCUUAUUCCUUGUGCCUUUUGUCAUUGAACCAGCUUUCACAACAAUAUUUAUGGAGUUUGAUGAGGAGCCAGCUUAUUGUGUGACAGUGAAGGUUAACCGACGGCUCGGAGCCUCGAACUGUAGUUGGACUUCCUGUCGCGAAGGUUGUACCAAAGACAUAUACGAUUGCACUCAAAUUUUAGUUGAUUAUAAAAGAAAUCUAAACACAAAUUUAAGUGUUAUAGUGACAACCUCCUCGACCGAAGUGGCUGUACGCGAAAAGCGCGCUCUCAUCGAAGAUUACGACUAUGAGGAGGAAAGGACCACCGGACUGAUGGGCAACGACUCUGAAUGGUAUUACCGAGAAGCAAAGCUGUUGCCCAACGUGAAAGGCUGCGGCUACCCUCCAAUGCUCAACUGUUCUGUAUUCCUCAAAAAGUACAGAGACAUCGGAACGAAUUUUUCUUGUUACUACAGCCGAAUGGAUCCAAGCCUGGUGAUUAGCAAGCUGGACAUGUGGCAGGUCUACAUGAACCUCGUCUACGCCAUGGCCAUACCGAUACCCUCCUUCAUAAUAUCGUGCAUCUAUUUGACCAUCGCCUACUUCAAAAUCUACAAUGACGACGAGGAGAAGGAGCCGCUGGAGAAGAACGCAGAAGCGAUGGACAUGGAGGGCGAGAGCGCUCCCGACGGCACCCCCAUCCCUUCUGCCAGCGGGGGCAUCACUCCGGCCAGCGAGGCGUUCAGAGAGGAUCUGGCCAGCUUUGGGCACCACUUUAAAGUGGCUAUGGUCGACGAAAUCAGCAGGGAUAGCCUGGUAGACGGAAUGCUCAAUUCGAAUUCAAUAGGAGGAAAUUUAGGAAAAGCAAUGACUACAAGUAUCUCGACCAUAGGAGGUCCAGUAGCUGAUAUUUAAAACCACCAACUUGUCUUGAACUCUCAGGCUUAUGUUUCUUGUUACAAACGUAAAAAUUAGGAUAUUUCGAAAAAUACACCGUACUACAAAUACUAGAAAUCGUUACCAUUCUUUAACAAUAAUAACGUUUUGCUAAACCAGAUAAUGAAAUACUACAGCUUUUGGACACAGGAUAUCUAUCGAAUAGAAUACUUUGCGUACAGACGUAACACUCUGUAUGACUUGUACAUAGUUAUUAACAAAUUUUGAGAAGUACUUAAAUUAGUUCUCUAUCUUAACAAAGACCACAUAUUUAUAUAGAUGCUUUUAAAGAAUUUCCAAAUAUUGUUAAAUAUGUGGACUUUUUUAUAAAGGCAAUUUACACUUUCGACAGCAUUCUAAAUAAAGCUUUGUGUGCUUAUUACUGUAUAUAUAACACUCGCGACUGAACAAUGUAUGUUUUAAUGGUAGGUAAAGCGUUCUUUUCCGCGUGUAUAAUUCCUUUUGAUUUCGUGAUAUCGAUUUGCCGCGUUUAUUUUAAAAAUAAAAAGCCUUGUUGCAUGUAAUUAUAAGUUUAGCGUUUUAAGUGCCUAUACAAUACUCAUAAUAUAAUAGUAUAAUAGAGUUAGAUAGAGAACAUGCAGUGCAAUUAUUUAAGAUUCUAAAUUAGUUAUUGUCAGAAAUGGCGAAUGCGCCGGGUUAUUAUUAUGAAGCAAUAAAUAGGUUGUUUUUUCUUGUAGCAAUAACAUUGAAAGAAGUUGCUUACCAUUGAAAUGUACAAUAAAAAAAGAGUAAAUAUGCUCUAUAUCGAUGAUUUUUGGUGUAAAUUUUGUCUUUAUAACAACGGUAGAUUUAUAACAGUCUCAUUUGUAUGAAACAUCUCCAAAAUGUUUGACAAUUUCAAUUUAAAAAUCAUCUAUAUACCCAUAGAUUUAAAGAAAACGUCCGAUAUUAAAAUUUGCUAUGUAAUAUUUUUUCCCAAAUAUUAUUGUAAAUAUAGAUUUAUCUUUGACAUUGUUAAUAAAUUAUUUAAUAAAUUGUUAUAUAUGAUAUAUAGACUUUUAAAUAAAGAAGUAAGGUUUCGGUAUGGUUGAUCAGUUUUUUAUUUGUGGUUAAAUAGGAUCUAAAUAAUAAAACGAUUAAAUAAUUAAAAUAAAAAUGUUUAAAAAAAUAUGCACUACGACUUACUACGACAACCUUCUUAGUAUCGCGCAGUGUGUAAUUAUUUUUGUAAACAAACUUUUAUAAAAAUAUUUUCAUAAAUUUAUAUGAAUAAAUAAAACUCCUCGAUUCAACUAAAACAAAUCCUACUACAAAUAAAAAAUUCUUAGGACUAAGACUAAGCCGUCUGUCUAAUAUAUCAAAAUCUUUACUUCUGAUGUUUUAAGCUUUUCUGCAGAUCAGAACAAAAACAUUGUUUUUCGAAAAUACAAAAUAUUGAAUUUGUUUAUAUUUUAAUUACCUUCUUUGUGAGGUUUGUACAGUUUAUCAAUUAUGAUGAGAAAAUGUACAAGAUUUUGCCUUCAUAUUCUUGACUUAUUAUAUAUAUAUAUUAUACAUAAAUAUAUAUGCAUUUGUAAUAUUUUUAAUACAUAACAAUAUAAAACAAAUAGUUGCUAAAAAGGCCGCAGCAAGAUCCAAUGAAAUUAUAUCUAGCCUAUAGGGAGAGAUUAGCUAUUAAAUUAAUUCUCUAUAGAAAAGCGGGGAAAUGCUACUAUUGAUUUUCCUAAAAAUGCCAUAUAAAUCCGAGCACAGUCCAUGGCAAUUGGAAUUCCACUUUAAUGUCAAAUUACUUAUUCAAGGGUUUAAUAUUAAAAAAUUCCGUAUAAUGUAGAUAAAAGACUGUUAAAGCAUUAUUAUUACACAUUAUUCACAAAACCAUCGCACAAAAUAGAUACGAAUAAGAUUAAUUAGGAAAUCAACGUUGUGCCAUGUAAAAUUGCCUUUUUGCUAAAAACAUAAAAAGCCCUCCUAGUUAAGGUGCUCAAACACCAUCAUCAUUUUAGAACAAAUUUAUACUGCCAUUUUAAAUUGUAGUUUCAACUAAUUAGCUUAUAGUGAGAAAAGCUUAGCUUUAUUUAUAGUGUUCGUUGAAUCUUGGUACGGCCUAUAAUUAAUAAAAUUUAUGCCAAAGGGUAUACCCCAAUCACUUUCGAUUUUUUACUGGAUUCAGUAAAAACGCGUGGAUUUGAGAUUUGAACAAAUUUAUUUUCGGUGUUAAUCAGAUUGGGACCAACCUCGGUUUUAAAAUUUCCACAGAAAAUUACCUCUAUAGAAAGCGAUAAACCAAUUAGUGUGCUGUGGAUACUACCGUGACCUGAUUGGUUUAGUGCUUUCUAUAGAGACCAUUUUCUAUAGAAAUUUCAAGAGGUGACUCAAGCGAUUUUCGUAUCUCCUCUGGCAUAACACACGAUAAUAUUGUUAAAGAGAUCAUUUAUGUGUCAAUAGCUUUAAAUCAUUAUAAAAAAUCACAGCUGAAAAUUUGUUUAUGUCUUAUAACCACUACCUUUAAAAAUAAUUUGUGAUACUUACACUGCUCAUCUAGGAGUUUAAAAAAAUAAUAAAUACACGAACAAAAUAUUCGACUAUUAUUUACAUCCUUUAUGUGCAUAUGUAUAUCCUGA